AUGAAUAAUGAUGAUAAAGAAGAAACAUUUCAUUCGGAUCAAAACAAGAAUGAUAAGUUAACUUAUGAACAUCAAACUUAUGAUAAUAUCGAUGGAGGAAAACAAAAAAUCAAUGAAGAAACAAAAGAACAUGGAAAACAAGAAAUUAGUGAAGAAACAGAAGAACAUGGAAAACAUGAUAAAAAAAUGAAAAAUGAUGAUGUUAAAGAAGAAGAAAUAUUUCAUUCUGAUCAAAAUAAUAAUGGUACAUUAACUAAUAAACAUCAAACUGAUGGUAAUAUCGAUGGAGAAAAACAAGAAAUCAGUGAAGAAACAGAAGAACAUGGAAAACAAGAUAAUAAAAUGAAUAAUGAUGAUAAAGAAGAAACAUUUCAUUCUGAUCAAAACAAGAAUGAUAAAUUAACUUAUGAACAGCAAAGUGGUGAUAAUAUGAAUGGAGAAAAACAAGAAAUCAGUGAAGAAACAGAAGAACAUGGAAAACAAGAUAAAAAAAUGAAAAAUGAUGUUGAUAAAGAAGAAACAUUUCACUCUUAUCAAAACAAGAAUGAUACAUUAAUUAAUGAACAUCAUAGUGGUGAUAAUAUGAAUGGAGGAAAACAAAAAAUCAAUGAAGAAACAAAAGAACAUGGAAAACAAGAAAUCGAUAAAAUAAUAAGAGAAAAUGGAAAACAUGAUAAAAAAAUGAACAAUGAUGAUGAUAAAGAAGAAGAAAUAUUUCAUUUUGAUCAAAAUAAUAAUGAUACAGUAACUAAUAAAUAUCAAACUGAUGGUAAUAUCGAUGGAGAAAAACAAGAAAUCAGUGAAGAAACAGAAGAACAUGGAAAACAAGAUAAAAAAAUGAAAAAUGAUGUUGAUAAAGAAGAAACAUUUCACUCUUAUCAAAACAAGAAUGAUACAUUAAUUAAUGAACAUCAUAGUGGUGAUAAUAUGAAUGGAGGAAAACAAGUAAAAUUUUAA